UAUCGUUUUAGUAGAAACGUCCCUUAAGGAUCGAUAAUUGUGACAGUAUUAUUCCAUUAUAUCAAUUGUGACGUACGUCAAAUAAAAGGGACGUUUGUUUUAUUAUAAAGGACUGGAAAAAUAAAUUGUUUUUUAAAUAUGGAAUCAGAGGAAGGGGAAACAUAUCCGAAACAAGGAACAACAAUACGUAGUGAAAAGAAUGCAGCUAUCGACUACGAUGAAGACAGACUACAUGAGAUGACAGCGUCAUAUUCGGAAAUAUCAUUCGAUUCACAAUCAUCUCCACCCGUUUCGGAGUUAAGAUCGCUGAUCGAUUCACCAGAUAUUGAUGGAACAAAAUUUUUAGAUGGUAGCCUAGAGAAAAUGAACGGAAUUGGUGGUAGACCAGACCAGCUAAAUUUAAGGAAUAGAGAAUCUAGUCCAAUAGAGGACGACGAUAUAGAUCCCCCAAGUUAUCACAAAGCCAUGGGAUAUUUGCAACUUGAGGGGACAGUAAUGCAAGAUGGUGAUAUGGUACUGUUUGUUGCGGAAGAUUUAGAAAACAAAAUUAAACUGUCAAGUCCUGUAACAAAAAAGGGAGAAACUCCAUCUUUUCCGGGUUCUCGCAGUUCUACUCCUUGUUUGUACAGGCAAGCCUUAACGCCUCAGGUGCCUCUUCUUGAUCAUAAUGUGUUAAAUGAAUUAGAGAUGGAAGCGAGAAAAGUGGCCACCUCUGUUGAUGCAUUAACAGAAAAUUUGGCAGCCAUUUUGCAUAGUGCAUCUGCACUCACCGUAGGCUGUUUAGAAACAUAUAGGGAUGCUGUUUGUAAAACGUGCGAUGCAGUGGAUCACAAUAUUAAAUCGAUGUAUCAGUUAAUGGCAAAAUGCGAAGAAUUAUCGAAAUCAAUGGGACCUGUAUAUAAGCUAGCAGAACAAAUGCGAGUAUUAGAGUAUCUGUUUUUACAUUUGUAUUGUGUAUUCCAGUUCUGUAAUCAUACUAACAUUUAUUUGUUUUCUCAACUUUUAGUAAAGAGAUGAAAAGGAUGUUGGAGCUAUUUGAGAGUGCAAUGAAUCUGUAAUUUAUAAAGGAAAAAGAUUUUAAGCUUUUACUCUAAUAUGUUUAUGCGAUUAGAGCUCUUGUCUUGUUAUAGAUCAUUUUGGAAGUUGUCUCAAUUUUGAAAUUGUUUAGUUUGAAAAACAUAUAUUUGCUGAAAUUCAACAUUUGUUUCCUUUACACAAAUAUUAUUACGUUGAAUAUAUCGUCACAAAUGGAAUGCAGGAGUAUUUAUUUGAUACAAAUAUAAAGCUAGACAAAUAUGUUUAUUUAAUUAUGAUUUUGAGUGACAGAGGCGUCUUUGAUAACCUCCAUUAUCUACAAUUGAUACUUUAGUAACUAUGAGAAUCAACAACAUGGUCCUGACUGUCUGCCAAAUUUCUUGUGAUUUUCAAAUUAUCUUGCAUUUCAAUUUAACCUUGAUCAAAUGCCGAGGAUUUCGAAUGACACGAUUUCAUCGACCUUUUAUGAAUAUUCAUUUCUUUGGAUAAGUGGUUUUAGAGAAAAUUACUUCUGGGAAGUGAAUGAUGUGAAUGUUUCCUAACAAUCUUUUCACUCGAUACACUUGUCGAAAAAUAAGAAAAUAAAUUCCCUUGUAUCAUAAUCGUAAAAGAUAUAUAAUUCUUAUUUUGAAGAGAAAUACUUACUUUCAACAAUAAUGUUUUUUCAUAAUCUUGCAUGUAUCAUAAAAAUAUUUAUUGCAACAGAUUUUAUUAUCCUAAUGUACAUAAUUUAAUUAAAUGUUAGCAAUGUUAAUCAACCCUUCAAAA